UCAUUCACUCAGCGCUAUCUGACGCUGUCCUUCUCUCCUCUCGGAAUCUUCUCUCUUUUUUUUCACAGAAAUUAAAAAAAAAGGAGGAGGAGAGAAGAAGAAACGCGUUGGAGGCGACAGGAGAGAGAGAGAGAGAGAGGAAGCAGAGAAAGUUGGUUGAGGAGCAAGAGGGCGAGUGGAGAGAAGAGGGGUCGACCAGAUGGGAGGAAGGAAGGAAAGGAUCAUUCUGCGGGCUCGAGUGCGCGAUUAAAGGAUACUGCAUGAAUAAACAAAUAUAUGACUAAAAGGCUACAAUAAAAGGAGGAAUUUAUAGGCGCGCUACCGCGUUGCGUGGACGCGGACGAGCCCGCGGCGGUGCGCGCUGAGACAGACAAGUUCUGUGCUUCUUGCUCUCUGGAUUUUACUCCUCAUGUUCUUCAAACUCUCGGUGAGCUUCGCAAACCUUUGAGGUCGGUGACCGAAAAACAUUCCCUCCCCUCUGCCCUCCAAUUAACUCUCUCCCCGGAUAAAAGCAAAAGAAGCUCCGGGGGUGGAAGUGGAGGAAGGAAGAGCGUUUUGUUCCUUCCGAGGAGUCCAGCUCGCCGUAGCCGGGGUUUAGGCGUUGGCACCCGGGCAGGGAGUCCCUCGCCAUGGCUGGGGCCAAGCCGGGAGUCCAUGCGCUGCAGCUCAAACCCGUGUCCGUCCACGAAGAGCUGAAGAAAGGGGGCAAAUUCGUCAAAUGGGACGAGGAGCCCAACAGCGGGCCCCCCACCCUGGUAACCCUGAAAGUCGACCCAGAUGGAUUCUUCCUCUACUGGAUUCGAGUAGGACAAAUGGAGGUGGAGAUUCUGGAUAUAAGCACCAUCAGAGACACCAGAACAGGAAAAUAUGCCAAACAACCAAAGGACCCAAAGCUGCGAGAGGUGUUGGGCUUCGGCAAGGGCGACAACGUGGAAGCAAAGCUGAUAACCGUAGUCCAUGGCAAUGACCUGGUCAACAUCUCCUUUCUCAACUUCCAGGCUAUGCAGGAAGAAACAGCCAAGAUUUGGACAGAUGAGCUGUUCACUUUGGCCACAAACAUACUUUCCCAGAAUGCAUCGCGGAACACCUUCCUCUUCAAAGCGUACACUAAGUUAAAGCUGCAAGUGAUUCAGGAUGGGAAGACUCCUGUGAAGAAUAUUCUCAAGAUGUUUUCAGAUAAAAAGAGAGUGGAGACGGCUCUGGAGCAGUGUGGCCUCCUCAAUAACAGGUCAGAGGGACUCAAGCCGGAGGAGUUCACGUGGGAGUCCUUCCAGAAGUUUCUCGACAGCCUCUGUCUUCGGCCUGAGAUACAAAGCAUCUUUGAGGAAAGUGGCUCAAAGAGGAAGCCAUUCAUCUCUUUGGACCAGUUUAUGGACUUCAUCAACCGCAGGCAGCGAGAUUCCAGACUGAACGAGGUGCUGUACCCCCCACUGAAGAGAGAGCAGGUCCGACAAAUCAUGGAGAAAUAUGAGACCAACACCAGCCAACUGGAGAGAGACCAGAUCAGUUUGCAGGCUUUCACUCGGUAUCUGGGUGGCGAGGAAAACACCAUCGUACCUCCAGAGAGGCUGGAUAUCAUCGACGACAUGAACCAACCGCUGUCUCACUACUUUAUAAACUCCUCACACAACACAUACCUCACAGUGGGUCAGCUGACCGGUCUGUCGUCAGUGGAGAUGUACAGGCAGGUGUUGCUGACUGGCUGCCGCUGUGUAGAGCUGGACUGCUGGAAGGGUCGGCCGCAAGACGAGGAGCCCUACAUCACCCACGGGUUCACCAUGACCACUGAGAUCCCUUUUAAGGAGGUGAUUGAGGCGAUAGCAGAAAGUGCUUUCAAGACCUCACCGUACCCCGUCAUCCUGUCCUUCGAAAACCACGUCGAUUCGGCCAAACAGCAGGCCAAAAUGGCAGAGUACUGCAGGACCAUCUUUGGAGAUGCCCUGCUCAUUGAUCCACUGGAGAAAUAUCCACUGGAACCCGGACAGCCGCUCCCCUCGCCGCAGGAGAUGCUGGGGAAGAUUCUCAUUAAAAACAAGAAGAAGCACCACCACCACCGACCCUCGAGUGGUGGCAGCAUACGACGCAGAGAGCAGGGGGAGCAGUCGUCGCCCAACAACGAUUGUCCUUUGAAUGACAGCGACGGAAGUCACUUCCUGUCCAACGGGGAGGAGAAACUGGCUGAGAGGAUGAUCAAAGACUCAGAGCCUCGCAAGUCUUUAGGAGGCGAAGGAGAGAGCGAAGAGGACGAGGAGGAUGAAUCAGCGACAGAGCUGAAAAAGCCGAACUCUGACGAGGGUACAGCCAGCAGUGAGGUGAACGCCACAGAGGAGAUGUCCACUCUUGUCAACUACAUCGAACCUGUCAAAUUCAAGAGUUUCGAGGUGGCAGCCAAGAGGAAGAAAUAUUUUGAGAUGUCAUCUUUCGUGGAAACAAAAGGAAUGGACACCUUGAAGAGCUCCCCCAUUGAGUUUGUCGAGUACAAUAAGAAUCAGCUGAGCCGGAUUUACCCUAAAGGCACGAGGGUGGACAGCUCCAACUACAUGCCUCAGCUCUUCUGGAAUGUCGGCUGCCAGAUGGUGGCGCUGAACUUCCAGACCCUCGACCUCCCUAUGCAGCUGAACAUGGGUGUGUUUGAGUACAACGGCCGCAGCGGCUACCUGCUGAAACCUGAGUUCAUGAGGAGGACGGACAAACACUUUGACCCGUUUACAGAAAACAUAGUGGAUGGAAUAGUCGCCAAUACUGUCAAAAUUAAAAUAAUCUCAGGCCAGUUCCUGACGGAUAAAAAAGUGGGCGUUUACGUGGAGGUAGACAUAUUCGGACUUCCUGCUGAUACAAAGAGGAAGUACAGAACCAAAACGUCCAAUGGUAACUCCCUGGACCCCGUGUGGGAUGAUGACAUGUUUGUGUUUACUAAGGUGGUGCUUCCCACGCUGGCCUCUCUGAGGAUCGCAGUGUUUGAAGAAAACGGCAAGUUUAUUGGACACCGGAUCCUCCCUGUGUCGGCUGUCAGACCUGGCUACCACUACAUCAACCUGAGGAAUGAGCUGAAUCAGCUUCUCCUCCUGCCCUCUCUGCUGGUUUACACUGAAGCUCAGGAUUACAUCCCUAAUGAACACCAGGAGUAUGCAGAGGCUUUGACCAACCCCAUUAAGCACAUCAGUCAAUUGCACAAGAGAGAGACACAGCUGGCUGUUUUCUUAGAGGACAACAACGAGCCUUUCCCCUGCCAGCCUAAAGAGGGGGAGAUCAGGAGAGAGAGUGAAACCACUCAGGGAGGUCGACUGUCCUCUCCCUUCCACGCCAUCCCCCCUUGCUCACUGGAAGAUUCCCCUGACAUAAUCAAAUUACCUGUACCAGCACAAAGUCAGAAAGAAGACCUCAUAGCCAGUGUUCUGGAAGACGUCCAGGCCCAGCCUAUAGAGGAGCUAAAGGUGCAGAAGAGCUACAAGAAGCUGCUGAAGAAACAGAGCAAAGAGCUCAAAGAGCUGCGCAAGAAACACCUCAAAAAGGUGUGGAAUCUGAGUAAGGAACAGAACAGUCGGAGUGUCCAGAUUCAGUCCGACCGCCAGAGGAAGCGUAGUCAGAUAGAGAAAAACCUCAAACGUAGCAUCAAGAAAAACGAGCCCCCGGAGCCAGCACAGCGUGAGCUGAGUGCAUUUGAUCAGGAAAUUGAGAAGCAGACGGUCCAGCUGAAGGAAUGGCAGAUGCAAGAGCUGCUGAAGCUCAGACGACAGCUUCACACACUGGAGAGAGAGAAGCAAGAAGCACACCUGCAAGAGGCCUUCCAGAAGUUAAAGGAGACGGCCCAUGAAUGCCAAGCAUCUCAGCUGAAGAAGCUCAGGGAUUUGUGUGAGAAGGAGAAGAAAGAGCUCCAAAAGAUCCUUGACAGGAAACGACAGAACAGCAUCAGUGAAGCCAAGACCCGUGACAAAGACAAGGCUGAAGUGGAACUGAAUGAAAUCAACAGGAAACACAUUCAAGAUUCGGUCACCUUAAUCCGCGGGCUGGAGGAGGCUCAGACCAAGAGGCAGGAGAGGCUGGUGCUGAGGCAGCGGGAGGUGCUGCAACGCAUAGACGAGGAACUCGUUCCGCUUCAGUCUAAGUUGGAGCAGGAACUAGAAGAUGAGUAUCAGCGACUGCAGGAAGAAAUCUGUCAGCACCUUCAGUUGGAGCUCCAGAGCAAAGGUCUCCGAAAGGACGCCCUGUUCUCCCCCUUGUCCAAUCACAGCAGCCCUAGCCCCAGCUCCGGCUCAGGUCCUCCCUCCAACUGCUCCACGCCCUCUAACCCUUCCACACCCAAUCGGUGUACCUGGAACAGGAGCAUGGACAAUAGCAUUGCCUCAUUGGCCGAUUCCACUUCCUCGUCCACCACUCCUGUCCUGUCAGAGGCGGAAAUGUCGUUCAAUUAGAAUUAUUACGUGUAAAAAGGAAAAUAUACAUUCAUCUGGGGUCUAUAAUGAUCAUAAUGUGGGAUAGUAAUGAUAUUAAUUAUUAACUAAUUUUAUUCAUUUUUUUAUUACAGACUGUUUUGUUCUUGUCUACAGAGUUAUAUUAUUUUUUAUUUUGCUUUUUUCUUGUCUGAUGACCCAUCAUACCUUUUUGUGGAAAGAUUUCAUAAGAAUCAUAGCCAAACUUUUUUUAAAAAAAAAUACACUUUCAUGUCUCUUUGUUCUGAUUUUAAUGUCAUAUUUUUUUUCAUACCUUUUCGUCAUUCCCAUUUUUUGUCUGAUCAGUGAGCUUUGCUGUGGUUUUGCCUCAUCACAAGCUUUACGUUUGCGCUGUUUUCCGUUCGUAACAGCUUUAGUCCUUUUGUUGACACUUUUUGAAAGCUUUAAACUGUUUAGAGAGAAGAACAGGGUUAGAAAGUGGCUGCCAUUGUUCAGGAAAGCUUUCUAACAUACAUACAGUGUGUUGGCUCAAGUGAUUACCAUAAGAAAAAGUAAUUCAAUACUAUUUUUUGAUAUUUUGUUUUGAUGUAUUUUGUCUUACAAAUUGUUGUCAAAGCCACUCAUUUUUUCAAAGCUGUUCCGCUUUUUUUAAGUAAAUCUAAUCAAGGUUAGAGAAGUGUUUUCUAGAAUUUCUUGUCAACAUGAAAUGUAAA